CACGUAACCGGCACUAAUGUUCCCCUACUCGGUCUAUGGGGGUAGGGAUAAGGAAAGCCGAGAGUGCGCCGAAUAAGGCUGCACAAUCACGCACGCGCGGAAGGUGACUGCGGGACCGGGUCUUGGCCGUAGCAGGCCCCGCCUCGGACGGCGUAAGCGGGACGGAAUGACGUCGUUUCCUCCGUAGCUAGUCCGACUGCCUGGUCUUAGUGGGAGGAAUCAUAAAUACCCCGCCCCUUUCGCCCGGAGGGAGCUGGCAGUGGACUGUGACGCCAUCAGAAGGCGCCGGAGGAGGGUUGGGACUCGAGUCGGAGAUGUUAGAGUCGCUGUUGGCCCUUGGCGGCCUGGUGCUGCUUCGGGAUUCCGUGGAGUGGGAGGGGCGCAGCCUCCUGAAGGCGCUUAUCAAGAAAUCUGCACUGUGUGGGGAGCAAGUCCACAUCCUGAGCUGUGAAGUGAGCGAGGAAGAGUUUCGUGAAGGCUUUGAUUCUUAUAUUAACAGCCGGCUUGUUUAUCAUGACCUCUUCAGAGACCCUCUCAACUGGUCAAAAACUGGGGAGGCCCAUCCUGGGGGACCCCUGGGAGCCUUGAGAGCCAUGUGUAGGAGGACAGAUCCUGGUCCUGUCACCAUUGCUCUCGAUUCACUCAGCUGGCUGUUGCUUCACCUUCCCUGCACCACACUCUGCCAGACCCUGCAUGCUCUGAGCCAUCAGGACUCCUGCCUGGGUGACAGCUCCCCAGUGGGGCAGGUGCAUGUGUUGGGUCUGCUACAUGAAGAACUUCAUGGCCCAGGCCCUGUUGGAGCACUGAGCAGCCUUGCUCAGACUGAGGUGACCCUGGGCGGUGCAAUGGACCGGGCCUCAGCCCACAUCCUCUGUCGGAGGCCUCAACAAUGUCCAACUCAUCAGACUCAUUGGUUCUCCAUCCUUCCUGACUUCAGCCUGGUUCUUCAAGAGGGGCCUCCCCUAGAGCUCAAGGCCAACCCAGAUCCUCACACAUCUCUGGUGGACCCUACAAGUCAUUUGACCUUUAACCUUCACCUGUCCAAGAAAGAAAGAGAAGCCAGAGAUAGCCUGACCUUGCCCUUCCAAUUCAGCUCUGAAAAACAGCAGGCUCUCCUGCACUCUAGGCCAGGCCAGGCUACCAGCCACAUCUUCUAUGAGCCAGAUGCUUACGAUGACCUGGACCAAGAAGACCCAGAUGAUGACCUAGAUAUUUGACUGGCCAGAUGUGACUGGACUAUAAUUAGAGGGGAGGGGGAAGACCUUGGGCACAUCCAUCUGUUAUUUGUAUUAGCCUUACCUUGUCCCUGCCCCUCCUUUGUUCCCUGUGUCUAUGGAGACCCUGCCUUGGGAGCUAUUGUGCAGCAGCUGUUCAGAACAAAGUGGGGUGAGGGCAUAGGGUAAGGUAAGAGAAUAGAACCCCACUCGUGCCAAAUAA